CUUCAAGUUUGUCUCUUUAUUAUUAGUCUCCCUCUCUAACUUUACCUUUUCCUUUUUCUUCCUCUCGAAGAACCCUAGAUCAAUUUAUUAAUGGCUAUUUUACCAGAAAACUAUUCAAACUUGGAUCUUACUAUCUCCGUUCCAGGCUUUUCUUCCUCUCCUCCUUCCGUUUCAGAUGAAGGAAGUGGAGGAGGAAGGGAACAGCUAAAGCUAGACAUGAAUCGAUUGCCGUCGUCUGAAGACGAUGAAGAACUCAGCCUUGGUGGUUCUGCUCCUCCGCGAAAGAAACUCCGUUUAACAAGAGAACAGUCUCGUCUUCUUGAAGAUAGUUUCAGACAGAAUCAUACCCUUAAUCCCAAACAAAAGGAAGCACUUGCAAAGCAUUUGAUGCUACGGCCAAGACAAAUUGAAGUUUGGUUCCAAAACCGUAGAGCAAGGAGCAAAUUAAAGCAAACUGAGAUGGAAUGCGAGUAUCUUAAAAGGUGGUUUGGUUCAUUAACCGAGCAAAACCACAGGCUCCACAGAGAAGUAGAAGAGCUUAGAGCCAUGAAGGUGGGGCCAUCCACGGCGGCCACCGCCUCGAGCCUCACUAUGUGUCCUCGUUGCGAGCGAGUCACCACUGCAGCGAGUCCCUCCAUGGCGGCUCCAGCCAAGAAAACGCUUCCGCUGAAAGAGCGUGAACAUUGAUUUACAUAUUUUAAUUAUUAUUGCUUAUAAGUUAAUUAACGAGGGUCAGACAAGGCACACAAAUUAUCACAUGAUUUCGUGUAAAUAGUAUUUAGAGAUUGUAUUCUAUGCGCGCACAACAAAUCCUUGUAAAUGUUUCUAUUUUAAUCAAAAAUCUAGUAUCCUUAAUUCUGGAUUGGA